AAUUCAGUUGUCAACAACCUCAGUGGAAAAUGUUUGAUUUAUCUUUUGUAACAAAACUUCAUUUUUGAGUUUAUACCAGCAGCUGUUUCCUGUCAAAAUGUUCAGCAAAGUAGAUAUUACCAAAAAGAACCAAUUUUUGGAACAGACUAAAGCAUUACGAGAAGAAAGAGCUAACGACAAACUAAAGAAUGAUGCAGCCAUUGUCAUUCAAGCAAUCAGCUAUGACAAAUCAGUACUCGAAAGAUUUGGAUUUAAUUCUAGUUCUGCUGAUAAACAAAAGUGCAACAGUCAUUUGUUUCUACACAGGGAAAUAUGCAAAGAGCUAGAAGAUGUGUUAGAAAUUCCACCAGAUCCAGGGGCAGUGUACAAACCAAAGCUCAAACCAGCACUUGAAGUGUACAAGACAAUACAGAAGUUUUUCUUUGUUUUUGAAAAAGACAGAGAUGCUGGGCAAUUUGAUUACCUCUGCAGAUACCUAUUGUCAUCAAUGGAUGCAGGUGCAGAUAAUAUGAAGAUGUGCUAUGUGUAUUUAGUACUGAACAAAGAUGUUGUGUUACCCUGGAUUGCACAGAUUAAAGAAGUUUUAUGGAAGUGCUGCUCUUUUCUCAAGUCUUUGAAGGCUGAGAAUCAUAGUGAUAUGAAGAGAGUCAAUCUGUAUCUGACUGUACUGAUUACAUUCACAAGUUCAGGAGGAUGGAAGAUUCUCAAGGGAAAACUGGGGGAGACCCUAACACCUGGGAUGAAUCAGCUGUGUAACAAUAUAAUGGGCCAUCUUAAUACAAAGGGAUUAUAUCCAGUGUUAAAGGGACUUUUGGCACAAGGAUUAUCGAGGACCAAGAUUUUGUUUAAUUCUGCCACUCUGUCUGCCAUUGUUAAUCUGUCUCUGAGGCCUUUGAUUGCCUCUAACUUCUCAGAGAACCUGAUGACAGUGUUUGUCCUUCACAUCAUGUCUGUACCAGCUCUUCUUCAUCAUGUGGCUGUCACGUCAGGGGAGUGCCUAAAUGUCCUCAUCACUCAUCGUAUCUUCAAACGAGCCCUUGAUUUGCUGACCAAUGAACAGAGCACGAGGAUAAUCUUUAAUUCACUGGAGGGAAGUUAUGCACUAUGUCUACUAGCAAACUUGGUUAGUUUAGGAAUGGCUGAAUUAGAGGGAUUGGUUGAAAAUACUCAGAAUUUUAUGUCAGUGGUGAUUCGACUACUAGACAGCUGUAAGAAGUACGUCCUAAACAAGAAAUCCAAUCUGACCAGUUGGCAUCUCAUCCUGGGCUGGUUCUCACAGAAAUCGGAUGAAAGCUUGAAUGCAGCAAUGCCACAUGUAAAGGAGCAGAUCAAAUUGCUGUGGUCGGAGAAGAUGAUAAGAAUUCUGUUUUCUGACCUUCUGGCUUAUGUAGAGGCAGAGAGAGAACAGGCUGUAGCAAAGAAGGAACCCUCUCCCUCAAAAAACAUAUUGAAGAAAGCCAUAGAAAAAGCCUCGUCUAAAUCAACAGCUGUCAGGAUAAAGCUGGAGAGUCCGUUAGCCAAGACGACGUGUUACACGUGUGCCCUGUAUCAGAUAAUGAUGAACACACUCACUCAGCUUAGAAUGGACAUCCUCUCAGGUAUAAGUUACAAUCAGGUUCUGCUGCCAGCCUUGUGGAAGUUCCUCUGUGACCUUGGCCCAAACUGUGGCCUUAAGGUGUUUAUUGACCUUUUGACCCAGACCCCCAACAGUGUUAUACACCCAGUGUUCAGCCUACUGACAGUAUUCUGUGAGGCAGCUUCUCAUUACAUCAUAACACUGGAUGAUAUGGAGAUGUAUGAACAACAGAAGAUGUUUACAUUGGAUGACUACAUCAGAAUGAGCAAGUUUCUCAAUUUAUUUGUGUACAGAGUCACCUGGCACAAUCUUAUAGAUAUUAGGAGUUUGGAGAGUGGGGAGUCUGAUGUUUACAAUGCCACACACAACCUCCUACUUCUGUUGUAUGAGAGGGACUGUCGACGGCCGUACGCUGAAAAGGAUCACUGGCUCAACAGGGACAUCAAACCAACUGCAUUCCUUAAAGAUUCAGACAGAGAUAGGGCUAUGGAGGUGCUGGUGAAGAAAACUCCUUUUAUCAUUCCAUUUGCAGAGAGAGUGAAGGCCUUCAGACACAGAGUCCGGCUGGAGAAGGAGAGUCUGGGAUUGACAGAAUCAGCGGCCAUUUCUCCCCAGUCCACACUCAUCACCGUCCACAGGAACAGGGUCGUGGAGGAUGGAUACAGACAAUUGGCUCAGAUUCCGGCCCAGUCCUUGAAGGGGGUGAUCCGUGUGAAGUUUGUGAAUGAGCAAGGUCUGGAUGAAGCAGGGAUUGAUCAAGAUGGCGUCUUUAAGGAGUUUUUGGAGGAGACUAUAUCUAAAGUGUUUGAUCCUUCACUCAGUCUAUUUAAGGUCACCACAGAACAAAAGUUAUUUCCUUCAUCCACUUCUUUUAUUCAAGAAAACCAUCUUCACCUGUUUGAUUUUGUGGGGAAAAUGCUUGCCAAAGCUGUGUAUGAGGGUAUAGUUGUGGAUGUGCCUUUUGCUCCGUUUUUCCUGACCCAGAUACUUCAGCAUCAUCAGAACACGAUGUACAGUCCUCUAGAUGAACUGCCUUCCCUAGAUCCAGAGCUAGCAAAGAAUCUCUCUUAUACCAAGCAUUAUGAAGGAGAUGUAAGUGACCUUGACCUGACCUUCUCCUGUGAUGAGGACUGUAUGGGGAGACUGGAGACACAUGAACUUGUUCCAGGAGGGAAGGCAAUGCCUGUCACUAAUGAAAAUAAGAUUCUGUAUGUUCACCUGAUGGCCCAUUUCCGGAUGUAUCGCCAAAUUAAGGAGCAGACGGCAGCAUUUAGAAGAGGAUUUCAGACGGUCAUCAAUCCGGAUCUGCUUUUGAUGUUUUCAGCCCCGGAAUUCCAGAAACUAAUAUCUGGAGACAAUGCAGACCUGGAUAUUCAAGAUCUCAGGCGUCACACGCGAUACUAUGGAGGUUAUCACAACAGCCAUAAAGUCAUCAGCUGGCUGUGGGACAUUGUCACUAAUAACUUCACUCCCCAGGAAAGAGGUUUAUUCCUCAAGUUUGUGACCAGUUGCUCUAAGCCCCCGUUAUUAGGCUUUGCUCACCUGGAGCCUCCCUUCUCUGUCCGCUGUGUAGAAGUCAGUGAUGACCAGGAUACAGGAGAUACUGUAGGGAGUGUCCUGAAGGGAUUUUUCAACCUGAAGAAGAAAGACCCCAUAGGGCGCCUCCCCACCUCCUCCACCUGCUUCAACCUCCUGAAGCUGCCAAACUAUCAGAAGAAAUCCACCCUCAGAGAUAAGCUCAGAUACGCCAUCACUUCUAACACAGGGUUCGAGCUCUCUUGAGAUCCUGAUGAGAAAGAAAUGAGCACUGAGCAAAGGAAAGACACAGAUUUCUGGCGUGUACUGCACAGGCUGCCAA